CCAAGCUCUAAGAAUAUCAUUGACAUUGUCAUCGUCUUCGACCUUGUUUUAAAGCCCGGAACCCCCCCCCGCUUCCUCCUUCACGAUGUCAUCUGCUCAAGACGAGUUCAACCAACUCAUAAACAACAACCGGGAGAAAUUCUCUUCUCAUCCUGAGGACCGUGACAACGACUCGGUUCACUCCUCUGACGCAUCCUCGGACCACGACGAACCCCAAUUCUCCGACGCCGAAGACACUCCCUCUGCCAUGCACUCCCGCAACCCCAGCAGUUAUCGCGUCCCCAACACCGUGUUCGACGCCAACACUGGCCCCAAGGGUGUCAUCGCCGAUGCCCAGGCCUUUGAGCGUGCUCGCAAGAGCUCCUUUCGCAGAACUCUUCUCGGCGUCGCUGGUCUCGAUCGCUCCCACUACAACAAGUCCGUCAACGACGACGCUACACUCCUCCAGAACUCCUCCCCACCAGAUGGAUCUUCCGCUAGCGAUGAUGAGGAACGAUUCCUUCACCAAUGGCGCGCGGCCCGCAUGCAGGAAAUGCAGGCCCGCAGCCUGAGGAAGCCUAGUCCCCGGCGCAAGUUGUACGGGUCUGUGGAUAUUGUCGAUGCGGUGGGAUACCUGGAUGCUAUUGAGAAGGUCACAUCCGGCACGGUAGUAGUCGUCUGCGUUUAUGACCCAGAGUCCACAACCAGCAGCAUUGUUGAAGACUCUCUCAACACCAUUGCUCGACGUCAACCCACUGUUCACUUCGUCAAGCUCCACCACGAGAUCGCCGAGAUGGAUCACAUCGAAGCCCCCGCUCUGCUGGCAUACAAGGACGGCGAUGUCUUUGCCACGAUCGUCGAGAUCCUGAGACAGAUUCCCAAGGGUCGGAGCUGCAGCGCAGACAGUCUUGAAGACCUGCUCAGAUCAUACCGUAUCUUGUAAACGAACAAGCACUCUAGAAACGCUAAAUAUUCCUCUCUUCACGUUCAUAUGACAGCGAUAAUGUUCUCUGCACGAACACUUCAAAAUGCAGCAAAGCGGGCGUCCAGGUCAUCUCUAUCCUCUUUUCCUUCUCUUGCAUCCUCGAUUGGCCGGCAGUGUGUCUUGGUUGUUUGUUAUUUCCUCUUAUUUCUCUUUUCAUUUGUUCGGGUACAUGCAUGCAUAUAGACGGAUCUACAGUACAUACGUGACAGUACUACUGGUGUUCAGGCAGGCAAGGCUGGGCCUUUGAUUUUACAUGGUUGAUUGAUUGUUGAUUGCUUGAUUGACCUUGAGCUUGAGAUAUCCAGCACGGUUCUUGGUUUUUCUCCUUUUCGUUUUAUCUCCUUUCAGAUGCCAUGAUGUGUUAUUAUCCGAG